AUGGCUGAGCAAUUCUGGCAACAGACGUUUGCCGGCUUGGAAACCUCUUCAUACCCUGUGCUCCCCGCGGUGGGAUAUCAAUCAUCAAUCACAAAGAUUAUUGAUCAUGAAAUUGACCACAUUGAGUGUGAAACUGGCUCUGAUAGUCUGUAUCCGCUCUCCACCAAGUUACAAGCCGCCUGGGCAUUACUUUUGGCCCAAUAUGCCAAUACCCAUGAUGUGGUGUUUGGAAUAUCUAUGAACUCCUUGGAAGAAGUUUCGGACUUGCAAGACGUCCUUCCUUUACGAAUACCGGUCAGCUGGGAAUCUGAUCUUGCGCAGUGGUUGCAGGCAAAUCAGUCCCGGGUAGAGGCAAUGCAGGAGGUCCAAUCCUGUAUGAGCCUGGAUCAAAUUCAAUCCUGUAGUCCAGAAGCCAAAGAAGCCUGCGAGUUUCGGACAUCAAUUUUGUUGAGAGAUCCAGAGCUGGAAACGUACGAGGGAAACCACCCCUCCUCUAUCGAAAAGAACCUCCACAAGAAUUCUCUUGUUCUGAUCAUUGAGUGCUUUCCAUCAACUCCUCGCCAGAAACUGCUUCUGCGAUUCCAUAUCGAUGAGUCAAUCAUCGACGCGGCACAGGCCGAGCGGAUGGGCCUGCAGCUCACUCAUCUCAUCCGGCAGCUCUGCGACCCUGCUCUGCAUCAACAGCAAAAGGUACUUGGCGACCUCGACAUUCUCUGCGAUGAAGAUAAGAAGCUCCUCUGGAAAUGGAAUGGAUCUAGACCUAGAAUGACCAACUCUCGUAUCACCGAUCUCUUUGCGUACCAAGUCCAGAGACGAGGUCAUUAUCCCGCUGUCCAUGCAUGGGAUGGAGAGCUGAGCUAUGAACAGCUGGACGAAAGGUCAACUCAAUUGGCGGCAUGGCUGAUUCAGAAUGACAUUGCUGGACCGGGGCGCAUUGUUCCUCUUUGCUUUGACAAGACAGUAUGGACGACCAUCACUCUCUUAGCUGUCGCAAAGGCGGGAAGCAUUUUCAUCAUGUUGGAUCCGCGUCAGCCUUUUGGUCGUUUGAAGAGUAUAAUGCAGCAAAUUCAAUCAACCACAAUCCUCGCGCGGCAUGACACGGCCAAGUUGGCCAGGUCUUUGGUCGAAAGCACUGUCAUCGUGGAUGAGGACCUUUUUCAAGACAGUGACAAGCUUGCGUCCAUCCAGAUUCCAGCCUUCUGCGGCCAGAUUUCACCGUCAGACCGAUUAUAUAUUGUAUUUACAUCUGGAAGCACUGGAACUCCUAAAGGCGUUACUAUCUCGCAUGCCAAUCUUUGUACCGCGGUCGGACACCAGGCGCGGGCGCUGGGGUUCGACACUGGAGUGCGUACAUUUGACUCCUCGUCGUACAGUUUCGACGCAUAUGUCUGCAACACUUUUCACACCAUCCUGACUGGUGGUUGUCUGUGUGUCCCAUCAGAUAACGACCGCAUUAAUAACCUGCAGUCGGUCCUCCAGUCCAUGGAUGUCGAGUUUGUGCAGCUCACUCCUUCUACAUCCCGGCUUCUGGACCCAAGCAAGCUCCCACGCCUGCACACGCUUAUCCUUACUGGAGAGAAGAUCAACCGCAACGUACUCGAACCGUGGCUAGAAACAGCGGGUCGAGUACGGGUCAUCAACGCCUAUGGACCGUCCGAGUGCACAAUCAUGUGUGCGGCGAAUCGCAACAUCAAUUGCAUCAAAGACGCCGAGAGCGUCGGGUUCUCACUGGGUGCCAACCUUUGGAUUGCUGAUGUCCACAACAUCCAUCGUCUGGCACCAGUUGGUGCAGUUGGUGAAUUGCUUAUUGAUGGCCCUAUCAUCGGCCAGGGAUAUUUCGGCGAUGAGCGCAAAACUCAGGAGUCUCUGGUCGAUGUACCUGGUGGCUACUUACCCGGCAUUGCGUUAGCCCCAGAAAGUCCAAUCUUCCGUACGCGAGAUUUGGCGAGGUACAAUGUAGAUGGUUCAAUCUCAUUCAUUGGCCGUGCUGACACACAGAUCAAAAUCAACGGACAGCGCGUCGAAAUCGGCGAGGUCGAAUAUCAUGUUGGCCAAUGUCUCCCAGAAGGAGUUGAUGCGAUCGUCGAAGCAGUGGACUGGCCAUCGGGUCAGAAGCAACUGCUCGCUUUCAUCUACUUGAGACAGGAUAAAGGAUUGCAGCUAGCGCAGUUGAUCACAAAGCUGGAUGAAAAAGUAUCAGACCGGUUGCCUCGAUUCAUGAUCCCUUCUGCAUAUUUCCCACUGCGCACGAUUCCGAUGACAGCGACUGGAAAGACUGAUCGCAAGGUCCUUCGGCGAAUGGCGUUGGUGGCUCCGGACCAACUACUCAAUGUGCACGCUCUACCAGGAGCAACUGGGGCACUGCCAGCGCAAGACGUCGACCGGCCCAUGACUUCCGUUGAAAUGACUCUGCAAUGGCUCUGGGCGGAAGUGCUGACAAUGAAUAAUGAUGCACCUCUUCUACCAAGCGACAAUUUUUUUGCGCGAGGAGGUGAUUCACUCGCGGCGAUGCGACUUGUCUCUGCCUUGCGCCGAGAAGGAUGCAGCAACAUCAACGUCGCAGACAUCUUCCGGCAUCCGCGUCUUUGUGAUAUGGCGAUUGUAAUGGAUGAGGCUACUGGGAAGGCCUCACCGGAUGCGAAUGCAACACAGAAACCAGCAACUCCAUUUUCCAUGUUGCUCGGUGAUGCUCCAGAUGCGAAGUUGAUCGAACUGACGCGCAAGAAGAUCUCCAAGAUCUGCAAGUGUGAGGCGUUUGAGAUUGAAGAUGUGUUCCCAUGCUCAUCUAUCCAAGAGGAGAUGGUUAUUCUGGGCGCUCGUAAUCCGGAGGACUUUGUCACCCAAACCGUCUUCCCAUUACCUCCCGGAGUUGAUCUAUCUCGAUUCCAACGAGCCUGGGAAAAUGUCACACGCGAGGCUCCAAUAAUUCGCACUCGCAUUGUGGAUACAAAGAUGGCUUUAGGGGAUAUCACGGUCGAUUAUGAUCAUGUGUUCUCCCAGGUCAUCUUCAGUGGCCAGGUACCGUGGACCGAGUACUCUGACCUUGAUGAGUGCCUGAAAGCGGAACGAGGAAAUGGAAUGGGACUAGGUGAGCCGUUGAUGCGACUCGGUAUUAUUGGAAAAGCCAACCCGCAGAAACAGCAAACAUCACGCCUUCAGGCAGUCUUGACGAUGCAUCAUGCCGUCUAUGAUGGUUGGUCCAUGGAUCUGCUGGGCAAAGACAUCGCUCGAGAGUAUAAUGCUUCUGAAGACUCCAAGGCAUCGGACGACAGAAUGCUCCCGUAUCGUAACUUCAUCCAACAUCUGCACACUUCAGACCAGAACGUGGCCUCGAGGUUCUGGACCCGAUAUUUGAAGGAUAUACAUCUGCGUCCCUUCCCUGCUCUCCCGGUGCCAAACUACAGACCAAAUGCAACCGCUUUGCAAGACCAUGUUGUAUCUGGAAUUGAAUGGGCCAAGGCCACGGGAAUUACUGCAAAUACCAUCGUGCAGACAGCCUGGGGAAUGGUAUUGUCCAAGCAUUCCUGUGCUAGCGAGGUAGUCUUUGGAGCAACACUUCUGGGUCGGCAAAUCCCGUUGGCUGGAAUUGAGCGUGUCGGAGGGCCUACCAUUGCGACUGUGCCCAUGCGAGUCGUGGUAGACUGGGAUGGACAGAGCGCGCUAGAAAUUCUCCAGCGCAUGCAGGACCAAGCCGCUGAGAUGAUCCCAUUCGUGCAUCAUGGCAUCAAGCGCAUUCGCAAACUGGGUUACGACAUGCAGCGCGCCUGUCAGUUCCAGACCUUCCUGGUUGUUCAGCCAGUAUCUCAGUCAGAGGUUCGAUCGACGGAAAAGGCAUUGUUUGAUCUUGGUGACGGUCGAGAUGACAUCCAAGCCUUCAAUACAUACGCCAUCAUGGUUGAUUGCGGACUAGCUCGCGAUGGAUUCCACCUCCGUGCAAGCUUUGACGAGACGAUUCUUGGGAAGAAUCAGGUUCAGCAAAUGCUGAGCGAUAUGGAGAACGUCGUGAGGUCUCUCAUCACCGAGUCAGAGAGUCCCCUAAAGCUGCGAGAAAUGGGCAUCUUGACAGAUGAGGAGCACGCCGAUAUUAUCAGCUUCAGUCAGCAGGGUCAGGGCUCACAAAUGAUUGAAAUUGAAUCGUGCAUCAGAGAUUCUCUACCGGAGCAGAUAUCAGAUGCCGCGGUUGAUGUUGUCGAGCUUCCAAGUCUCUCGAAGCAGCUGGUGGCCUUUGUCUGUCUGGCGCAAAGUGAAACUAGUUCAUCUCAAUCCAGCACAGCCCUCGCCAACCUGAUCGAAUUGCUGGGUGAAAAACUGCCAUCGCACAUGACUCCAUCCCAUUUUCUUCUUCUUUCCAAACUACCAAAGCUGGGAUUGGGAUCAGGGGAUACUGACCACGAGGAACUCCAUCGUAUCGCACUUCAGACACCUGUGAAUCAAAUAGUGAAUCGCUCUACCUUGAUAUCGGCACGGCCAAGCAACAAUGAUCCUCCAAGAACACAACUUGAAACCCUCUUGCACGGCCUGUGGGCUACCACACUGGGAGUGGAAAGGUCUCAAAUCAACAGGAACACUUCGUUCUUGGCCUUAGGUGGCGACUCUUUGAGAGCGAUGCAACUUGUUGCAGCUGCCCGAGAAGAGGGGUAUUCCCUGUCAGUGGCUAAAGUUUUGCGUACCCCUCGUCUGGCAGAUAUGGCAGUCAAGGCACUGGAGCCACUGGCAGGAAUGCAGUCGUCGCUCUCGGAUACCGUUGAACCAUUUUCACUGCUUGACAAGAACGUGACCAAAGAAGCACUUGCAAAAGCCUGCAACCUUGAGCCAGACGAAAUCCAAGACGCCUACCCGUGCUCGCCAAUUCAGGACAUGAUGUUGGUGCAUACUGCGCGCCGUGCUGGAGAGUUUGUCUCCCAGGGCUACAUUCAUCUUCCAGCUCAUGUUGAUACCGCACGGUUGAAAGCAGCAUGGUUCGAGGUGAUCGCUGCCAACCCAAUCCUCCGCACACGCAUUGUGGAGUUUGCAGGGCAAGGGCUGCUACAGGUCGUGACAAAAACGACUCCUGUCUGGCUAGAGUAUGAUACUCUCGAAGAGGUGCAGCAACUUCCCGUCGGUCUCGGAGAGCACCUACUCUGGUUUGCAUUGGUGAAAUCCCCAUCUGGCGUCGUGACAGGAGAAUCUGGCACUGCCACUGAAGAGAAAACUCUGGUCAUGACUAUCCACCAUGCUAUCUACGAUCGUUGGUCUGCUUCACUGGUUAUGAAGGCUGUUGAAUCUAUCUACCGCGGAGAAAAUCUUGUACAAAACUUGCUCCCGUACAACCAGUUCAUCCAAUACCUGGGAAAGAACGUCGAUGCAGACAGCUGUCAGCAAUUUUGGGAAAAGUACUUGGCAGACUGCAAUGUUCCGCAAUAUCCUGUUUUGCCAAAUCCCAAAUAUCGGCCAACAACCACAGGUGUUCGAAAGCGGAGGCUCGACUCCAUCGCAUGGCCCAAGGACUUCACUCCGGCAACCACAUUGAAAGCAAGCUGGGCAAUCUUGGUCUCUCAAUUCUCCAACUCUAGUGACGUUGUCUUUGGAUCAACGGUCAUGGGUAGACAAGCACCUUUAGCUGGUGUCGAGCGCAUCGCCGGUCCAACUAUUGCCACAGUCCCCAUUCGCGUGAAAAUAGACUGGAGCUCAGCGAAACUCCAAACCCUACUUCAAGACAUACAGUCAGAUGCAACCGACAUGAUUCCAUUCGAGCAUUACGGUAUCGGCCGAAUUCAGCGACUCAAUUCGGUUGCCCAGCAAGCUUGCCAGUUCCAGUCUUUGCUCGUCAUUCAACCUCCAGAGGAUGUUGGCGCGGAUGAAAAUACCAUUCUCCGGUUGCAACUUGGUGAUGAUGAUUUGAAGGGAGGGACAUACGCUCUCGUCUUGGAAUGUGUGCUGGAUGAUCCAUCGUCACCUUCAUCGGGAGGUGUCUCAGUUCAUUUGAGCUUCGACGAGCAUGUCGUCGACUCCAUUCAAGCAGAACAAAUGCUGGUACAGCUCGAGCACAUUCUUCAAGAAAUCUGCAAACUUGAUGAGCCAAUGAAUGAACGGUCACUGUCACGGCUCAAUCUACUGUCGCACUUCGACAGACAGAAAAUUUCAUCCUGGAAUGCCACAGUCCCGCCGAGUAUCGAUCGUCGGAUGGAUCACUUGCUUGCAGAGCGUGUUAAAGCCCAUCCAGACGCUCCGGCAAUUUGUGCUUGGGAUGGAGAGCUGACGUACAGUCAAUUCUAUGAUCAAGCCCGCCUCUUGGCCUAUUGGCUCGUUGUUGACCAAGGCAUCGGUCCUGAGGUAUCAGUCCCCAUUUGCUGUGCGAAAAGUGUCUGGACACCUGUGGCAAUGCUGGCCGUCAUCAUAGCUGGAGGUGUUGUCGUCACGAUGGAUCCGUCACAAGUUGUGGACCGUCUCCGUUCCAUUACUUCACAGCUCAGCCCGCGGCUGGUUCUGGCAUCAGAAUCGACCAAAACUAUUGCCGAGCAGUUGUCAGGAGCUGCCGUGCAUGUCGUCAACGAACGCCUGUUACAGAGUAUUAUGGGUCCUGAUCUUGCGAAGGACGAUUCUUGGAUUCCAAUUCUCUCUCCUGACAAUGCUCUCUACGUGACAUUCACUUCUGGCAGUACCGGAACACCCAAGGGAGCUGUCAUCACACAUGCUAAUGCCUGCAGCGCCAUGACUUACGUUGACCCAUACAUUGGAUUUGACAAGACAACACGUGUGCUGGACCUAUCAUCGUACAGCUUUGACAUGGUUUGGUACGAAUUCCUUCACACGUUCUACGCGGGUGGCUGUCUUUGCGUUCCAUCCGAUGACCAACGCCGCAAUAAUAUCGUCGGCGCUAUUCAUGACUUGCGCGUCAACUAUCUUGACAUUACGCCUUCUUUGGCCCGAACGCUUGAUCCAAAGUCUCUUCCCAUGAUCAAAAAGAUUGUUCUUGGUGGUGAAGCUGUUCAAAUGGACGAUGUUACUCGAUGGGGACCUGAUGUGGAGAUCCGCAACUCAUAUGGUCCAUCCGAAUGCACGGUAUCCAGUACCGUUGCCUGUUAUAGAAAGGAGUUCACGACCAGUGUCAAUAUUGGCCCGCCACGAGGAUUGAAUGCUUGGGUCGUUAGCUGCCUUCAACCAGACAGACUGGUACCUAUCGGGGCAGUUGGCGAGUUGGUCCUCGAGGGUCCACUGGUUGGACGAGGAUAUAUUAACAAUCCGGACAAAACGGCUGCUGCGUUCAUUUCAGCUCCUGUGUGGCUUGGACAUGGAGAAAAGGAAGGUCUUGUUUCUCGCGCACAUAGUCGAUUCUAUCGGACGGGUGAUUUAGUGAGGUCCGACAACGAGGGUAGACUGACCUAUGUUGGCCGCAUCGACACGCAAGUGAAACUUCGUGGACAGCGCGUGGAACUCGAAGAAGUCGAGUACCACGUUCGCAAUCUUCUCCCUGCUCUCUCAUACACGGUUGCAGCUGAAGUUGUGGAGAUACCAAGCUUGCAAGACUCAGCUCGAAAGUCCCAGCGAUUGGUCGCCUUCCUCUCGCCCACUGAGCCAUCCGACAGCCACAAGAAUCUUUCUUUGGAAGAGCCGGUCCCUCUGUCUGCAGCGACGGCCAACGACCUGACUCGGAAGUUGAUGCAGAUUCUGCCUGUCUACAUGAUACCCGCCGCUUUCAGAGUGCUUCAGCAACUUCCUCUGUCAUCAGCAGGCAAGAUUGACCGCAAGAAGCUGCGUGAAAUCGGGACACGCAUCCACUUCGAUACCAUCAACCAGAAGAGACCAGUGGAAGAGCCCAAGACAGAACAUGAAAAGAGUCUCAGGAAACUCUGGUCAGAUGUGCUCAGUAUAUCAACUAAAGUUAUCGGCCGACAGGAUAGCUUCCUCGAACUUGGAGGGGAUUCUAUCACUGCUAUCCGACUUGUUGGGGCUGCUCGGGCGAGUGGUCUGCCUCUUUCAGUCUCCCUCAUAUUUAAAUACCCAGUUCUCGAACAAAUGGCAGACAAAAUAGCUCUUUCGGCUGCGAAAGGCCUUUCCACUUCCAAUGGGCAUGUCAAUGCCACUGGUUCGGCAAUGAGACCGCUCCCUGAAGUCGGCGAUGUUGCGAGGAAUUUGGGAGUCUCGGAAGAUAUGAUAGCAGAGAUUCUCCCCGUCACAGAGUUCCAGCGCUAUGCCGUUCACUGUACUUUCCAGAAACCACGCACAGAGUGGAAUUACUUUGCCAUGUCUUUCAACGAUGAAUCUGCUGCUGGAAAACUGGGUGAUGUUUGCAAAGAGCUUGUUUCGUCACUGGAGAUCCUCAGGGCCGUUUUCUUGCCUCAUGGCGACGAUGGAGAGUUCAUCCAGGUCAUCUUGCGCAGUUUGGAACCCAACGUUGCCAUACAGCGCGUUCUGGACAUAUCAAUGGACCAGGCAUGCGAAGAAGUGUGCAUCGAUGACCUUAGGAAGGCCAUUUCUCCCGGCUCGCCCUUCGUGACCUUCUUUAUCCUACUGUCAAAGAACCGUGAGGAGACUCGACUGGUGAUGGGAAUUUCUCACGCUCUCUACGAUGCAAUCAGUCUUCCUCGAAUGGCAGAGUGUCUCAGCGCAUUAUACCAUGAUCAAUCGUUGCCGCCUGUGUCUGACUUUUCACCAUUCGUUCGAAUCCCAGCAUCUCCCUCUAUGUUCAAUCAUUGGCGUGAAUUGCUCCAGGGCGCUCCGAUCCCCCUUUCGGUUAUCGGUGAUCAUGAGACAGUGUUGAAGCCAGGAAAGCGCACUGUGCUGCGCAAGAUUGUUCACUUCUCACAUUCUUCAAAAGAGUUAACGGUCGCAACCAUCUUUACAGCAGCGUGGGGCAUCGCCCUCGCUCAAACAACUGGCAAAGACGACAUUGUCUUCGGCCGCGGUGUCUCGGGACGCACGCUGGCAUCGUCCGAUAUAGACGUCGAGAAUGUCAUUGGCCCCUGUUUGAAUAUCACCCCCGUGAGGAUGACACUUCCUUCAACCACGGGUUCAAGGGUGCAUGAUAUCAUCGAAUCACUUCAGUCCCAACUCAACAACUCCAUUGAUUAUGAAACGGUGGGGUUGUCGGAAAUCGCAAAACGAUGCACCGACUGGCCAUCACAUGUCAGAUCAUUUGGCUCUGUCAUUUACUUCCAAAACAUCAAGGAGUCAUCCCACACCGAAAGCAACGACAUUCCUCUGAUACCAAUUGCGCUGGAUCGUGCGGAGCCCCCAGAGCCUGCGCGGCUGAAUGUUUUGCCUCUCGGAGAUGGGCAGUAUACAUUAGAACUGUUGGUGCCAGAGGCAGAAGCGACAGAAAGGGAGAUUUGGUCUGGUUUGCUAGAGCGGAUGGCGCAGUGGUUGGACAAAGCUCGACAGGAGUUGGAUAGUACAAAGUAG